AUGCCUGGUCUACCAACUAGUAUCGACCUGGAUGAGUGCAUUGCACGCCUCUAUCGAAAAGAGUUGCUUGCCGAGUCUGUUAUCGAGGCAAUCUGUGCCAAGACAAAAGAGCUCCUGAUGAAAGAAAGCAACGUUGUGCACAUCAAAGCUCCGGUUACUGUUGUGGGGGAUAUUCACGGUCAAUUCUUUGACUUAUUGGAGAUAUUCCGGAUUGGAGGAUUUUGUCCGGAUACAAAUUACCUUUUCCUCGGCGACUACGUCGACCGAGGUCUCUUCAGUGUAGAGACCAUAUCCCUCCUUGUCUGCCUCAAACUCCGUUAUCCAGAUCGCGUCCACCUCAUCCGCGGCAACCAUGAAUCACGCGGUGUCACACAGUCCUACGGCUUCUACACAGAAUGCGCCCGCAAAUAUGGGAAUGCCAAUGUGUGGCACUAUUUCACAGAUAUGUUUGACUACCUCACACUAAGUGUGGUGAUCAACGAUGAGAUCUUCUGUGUCCACGGCGGUCUCUCACCCUCCAUUCACUCGAUCGAUCAGAUUAAGAUCAUCGAUCGAUUCCGCGAAAUCCCCCACGAAGGACCCAUGGCCGAUCUUGUUUGGUCUGAUCCAGAUCCUGAACGAGAUGAGUUCUCCUUGUCACCUCGCGGUGCCGGAUACACAUUUGGUGCGCAGGUUGUGCGUAAGUUCCUGGAGGUCAAUAACAUGUCGCAUAUUCUGCGGGCUCACCAGCUUUGCAACGAGGGCUAUCAGGUGUUGUUUGAUGAUCGUCUGAGUACAGUAUGGAGCGCACCAAAUUACUGCUAUCGCUGUGGAAACCUGGCUAGCGUGUUGGAGGUUGGAGACAAGAUGGAGCGAUUCUUCAACAUCUUCGAUGCAGCUCCUGAGAAUGAUGUCCAUCGCAGUGAGCAGCAGGCGCAGCAGAGCAGGGAUUCUCAGCCAGUUAUUGAUUAUUUCUUGUGA